AUGGCCGCCGCCGAAGCUCUGCCGAGAGAGCAGCCUGGCCUCUGUCAGGACGAUUUGCCCCAGACUGACGCCGGCGAUGCGGUGCCGUGCCAUCCACUCGGGGUCAAGCCCAGUGGGAAUGCCCUCGUUGCAGCCUCGAACCUGCGGGAUGCACUGGGCAACCUCGGUGCGUUGACCGACGAAGUUGUCCUGAUGGUACUGGAGUGGCUGGAUCCUUCGAGUCUGUUGAAGCUGGGUCGUACGUGCAAGGCGUUGUAUGCAUUCACGAGAUCCGAAGAUAUAUGGAAGACCUUCCUGAUCCGGGACUCUCGGCAAGGAUUCAAAUGGCAGGGCUCCUGGCGAGCUACCUUUUUGAACCUGGCGCCGUCCCAGGUGCCUGUCGUGGUCUGUGCGAAUCUGUUUUCCGAUACUCUGCACCGGCCUUUUUAUUGUGCCCAUGUAUCGUUGGACCCGUUUGUCACCGGCAUUCCUUCUCGGAACCAGAUCACUCGGCUCAAGAACCUGUCUCCAGAUGAGUUCCAAGAAUCAUGGACUGACCGGCCAUUUGUCCUGACCGAGCCAGUCAAGGAGUGGCCCGUGUACACGCAGUGGUCUACAGACGAACUCAUCGACAAGCACAGCAACACCUUAUUCCGAGCAGAGGCCGUAGAUUGGCCCUUGAAGACGUAUGUCGACUAUAUGAAAAACAACGCCGACGAGAGCCCUCUGUACCUGUUCGAUCGUGACUUUGUUUCGAAAAUGAACAUCAAAGCUGGACCCCGUUCAGACAACGUUCCCCCCGAUGCCGCAUACUGGCCACCAUCCUGUUUCGGCGAAGAUCUCUUUGCCGUUCUGGAAUCUGAUCGCCCGGAUAGUCGAUGGCUAAUCAUCGGGCCCGAACGAUCAGGGAGCACUUUCCACAAGGACCCAAACGCCACAAGCGCGUGGAACGCCGUGCUGCGCGGGUCCAAGUAUUGGAUCAUGUUCCCUUCUUCUACAAAACUUCCCCCACCGCCGGGCGUGUAUGUCUCGGCCGACCAGAGCGAAGUAACCUCGCCUCUGAGCAUAGCUGAAUGGCUGCUGGGCUUCCACGCCGAGGCCAGACGAACGCCUGGAUGUAUGGAAGGCAUCUGCGGCGAAGGCGAAGUCCUACACGUUCCGUCCGGCUGGUGGCAUUUGGUGGUCAAUCUGGAGCCGUCCAUUGCCAUCACGCAGAAUUUUGUGCCCAAGGCACACCUCACUGCCGCUCUUGAUUUCUUGCAAAAUAAAGCAGACCAAGUCUCUGGAUUUCGGAAAAAUGUCGAAGAUCCGUACAACCGGUUCGUCGAGGAAUUAAGACAGCGGCAUCCAGACCUUUUGGACGAAGCUUUGCACGAUCUAGAAAAGCAAAGAGAGGGGAAGAAGAGAAAAUGGGAUGAGAUUGUACAUGGAAAGGUGGAUGAUGAAAAUAUCAACAACACAUCUGGAGGUUUUAGCUUCGGUUUCGGAGGUGACGACAGUGAUAUCGAAGUUCCUUGA